GACAGAAAAAAAAAAAAAAUAUAGGGCUUGUUUAUUAUUGUUUAUUAUUAUUUAUUUUACAUGAUUGUUGAUAGCUAAAAAUUAAAUAAAAAUGUCAGAACUUGAAGUGUUUUUAAAUAAUUUACAAAUCGAAAAAGAAUAUCAAGAAAAAGAAGCAAUUCGAUUAAGAAAUUCUCGUCUUGAUGAACUUGAAGAUUUCCAACAACAAAUUAACAAAUUAAAAGAUGAAAAACAAUUAUAUAUAGAAACAAUUAAUAAAAAUUUAACUUUAAUAACAUCAAAUAAAAAAAGUCUUCAAAAAGUUGUUGAAGAAACUGUCGAGGAACAUGGUUUACCAAUUUCAAGUGCUUGCAGAACAAAAGCAUUGAAUUUCUUUUCGACUGCAGCAAAAUUUAUCAAUGACAGUCAGAAAUAUAAUUUUUAUUCUGGUGAAAAUGCAAAAGAUGUUACUGAGAUUGCAGAAUUACUUCAAUUAUCAAAUGAAAAUUCGAUAAAAGAAAUAUCAAAUUUUAAAAAUAAAGUUGAAGAAAUUAGAUCAGUAAAUCAGUGUUCUCGUUUGCUCAAUGAUUAUUCAUCACUUCAAGGAUCUCAAGGUGAAAAAUCUCAACUUGAUGAAUCAAUAUUUGACUAGAUAAACACAAAACUGUAAACAUUUUCAUAAUUAAAUUAUUAAAUUAAAUUUUUUUAACAAUUAAUUAUUAAGUAAAA